UCCCUCUCCAUCGUCUUGCUCUCACUUUCACUAAGCUGAAAAUGCGAACUCGGUUCCUCAACAUUGAUUACUUCGCCCCCGAAAACUUCUCCUUCCUCCGCCUCCCUCUCCCUCACCUCGCUUCGGAGCCACUUUCCACCGUCGCCGACCUCCUCCAGUUCGAUUCUGUCCCUGAAAUCUCUCUUGGAAUCGAUAGCUUAACCAUCGAUUCUGCUCUCUCCAAGUUCUUCGACGACGUUCUUCCUCGGAGAAUCGACUAUGAUAACGGAAAUCUUGAUGCCGGUGGUCGCUCUUCGAGGCUCCGUGAUUCCAGGGACAGGAUUUUCUCUUCAGGAAGUGUUGAAACUCGUUGUCCGGAGGAAGAAGCUAAGAUUACUUACGAAGAUAAUGUGGAGGGGGGCUGGAAGAAUUUUGGAUCUGAAACUUCAGAGACUGAAUUUAUGGAUAUUGGGGCUGAUAUAAGGAUUAGAAACCUAACAUACAGUAUGAUCCAAUUUGAAACACCUCAGCUUGAUGCAUUCUUGGAAAAUGCCUUAUUGUCUGAAAAAGAGGAGGUACAUAUCCUCACGGUAUUGCCGGAGGUUGAAUUUAAUCUUGAAACUCUUAAUCAAGGGCUUCUUAAAUACCCUUUUGAGGUCAAAGAAUCAGUUUAUGAUAUUGAAGGAAUUAACUCAGAAUAUUUCUUGGAACAAAAAUCUUGCUUGUUUGAAAUCGGUUUCGCUCAGGACCAGAAGCUAUUGCAUCAAGUGACUUUUCCAUUUUUAGAAGUAGACGAGAUGGUCCCUGAAACUUUGGUUGUGUUGACUUUUCAGGAUGAACUUUUUUUUAUUCUUGAAAAUACUGAAUCACCUCACAGGAUACAAGAUGGUAAUUUACUUGUCAAUAAUGAAGAAUAUUUGUGCUCCAUGAAGUAUGAUGUGGAAGAGUUUCUUUCAGAUAAUUUUUUGAGUCCAUGUGCUUCUUCUGAGUUGGCAUCUCCCGGCAUUUCCGGAGGAUCAGACUUAAUGAGCUUGAUGGAAACUUUGGAGAUUCCAGCAAGCUCUGCAGUUCAAACAAAAUCAAGUGGCGAUUUGACUGUAGGACCAGCUAUUUUUGAAGAAUUCCAGCUGCUGGAUAUAUACUCAAAUAAUUCUUUUGAAGUAUUCUUUGAUCUGGAAUUAUCAGCCGUUUCAGAAGUUCAUGACUGUAUGUCCAUUGAAGAUGCAAAUUUCAAGAGUUUCAAUGAAUUGAUUGUUUGUCAUGAACUUGCCCUGGUAGAUGACACAUUCAAGUCACUACCUGUACCUAUUUUAUCUAACCAGGGAUCUGAAAGAUCCGUGUGUGCCUUUAUAGAGGAUGUAUUAGGUAAUCUAAAUGGACAGUCAUUAUCUGCAUCUGAUGGCAUAUACUUGGAUUGGCAUCUGUUGGAGGAAAAUAGCUGCAGCUCCGGAAUUUAUUCUUCGUAUCAGAACAUGUUGGAGGAAAUUAAUUUGAAACCCAUAGAGUUCGAUCAGGAACCUUGUGAAAAUGAUAAUAUAUUUUAUAGAUAUGUUUUCUCAGAUGAUGCUUUAGUCAGAGAAAGAACAGAAGAGAAGGGUGAAUGUAAGGAGUCUUUUUUUUAUGGUGAUUCAAUGUUUCCUAGUCAAACUAUUGAAGUUGCUUCGAGCAAAUUAUUGAAUGACAGAUGUCAACAAAAAGGAAGGCAAGAUCUUGCAGCUGUUGUUGGAAAUACUGAGAAAGCUUUGUCAUCGUGGAAGUCAAUAUCAGAGUCCAAUGAUCUCAGCUUUUUCUUGAAUCCUCAAAAACCUGCUGGUGUGGGAAGGGGUGAAUCUGUAUUUAGUGCAAUUGACGCCAAUGCUAUGCUCCCCAAGGCUUCAUGUGAUGGAAAAUUGACCAACCAGCCUUCUACGUCCACUGAUGAUGUAAGUUUGACGCAAUGGAAUGUUGCAGUACAUCAAGUUUGUCUGUCUGAUAAUAUUCUACAUCUCAUCAACAACUGUGAGAAAACCUAUCUAGCCAUCUUGCAGAAUGAGACAGAACUGAGAAAGACAUAUCUUCCAUGUGUAGCUGAAGAUUAUUUUUUAAUGCUUAGCCUUCCAAAACAGAAGUUGAUAGACUGCAUUAAGAAAAUAUAUUUGCAAGGAGCCAGUACUUACUGGGAAGAAAAAAUAAUGACUCUAGCCACGUUAUAUGCCAUUAAGCAGAUAGCUUGGUAUUUAUGUUUCUAUGGCAUCCACCCAGCUCAUCUAUAUCUAAAGAAGUUAUGUCACAGCUUGGAGUGUCUGAAAUCAAGGUUGGGUUUCUUGCUGUCCUUGAUUGAGGAUGCAGGUAGAAUGGUUGACAGAGAAAUAACCCUAUCACAUCCUGCACUUACUACUACCCAGGAUAUAUUAUGCUCAUCUAUACCUAAAGAUGAGCAUAAGACUGCUGCUAGUACUCUCAAAGUUCUGGUUGUAGCAAACCAAAUUUUCUGGUGGUCAUUGAAGAAAAUGUUUGGGUCCAUGGGAUUAUCUUUUGAAGAGCUAAAAUAUGAGAGUCCUACAGAUCAGCGAGUAUCUAACCCCGACAUUAUGGUGGAUGAUCUUGUUUCCAAUUGCUUAUUGGUAUCCCAAGAGCACAUUUCUGGGAGUUUUCCAUUCAACAAAUUUAGCAUUAUCUUGGAAUAUGGAGGUUCGAAUGGUUCUUCUCAGAUCUCCACUUAUUUGUCAAAAUUAAUUGACAUGCCUCAUCCACACUUCGUAACGUUGGAGCUGGAUAACUGUGGCAAUUGCAAAGCAUUUUGUGGAGGCGUUGAUAUGCCUAAUGAACUGACAAUUGACGAGAACUCUUUGGUGGAGAAUAAGACUGGGAUGUUGGAGAAAUUGUUGAACUUUUUACCUUUUGAGGAAAUGUAUAUCUUGGCACCACCAGAGGCAACAAUUGAACCAGAAGAUUGCGCAGUGCCUCGGGGAGUGCCAGUAGUACCACUUGUAGAUAAAUCUCAGCAUAUUGACCUAAUGUCCUUUCCUGAAGCAAUUGUUAUUGUAAACACUCAGAAAUUUGAAAAGGACAUGAUUGUAUCCAGAAGAAGUUCCUAUCAAAGAAUUCUUGCAUUGGAGAAAGAAGGUGUGCAGGUUGUGGAACGAGAUCUUAGUUUGCCUGUGGAUUUAAUAAUUACUUCUUCAGUUUGCUUAAUGUGGUAUGACUGCACAAACAUUCAUAGGAAAGCCAGUACUUCAAAUGAUGCUUCUUCGUGCUUAUGGAUAGAUAAUAUUGCAACAGAUGUUUUGACAUCUGUAAGUUUUACUUUCAGUGGUUGCGUUCUGGUCUUUGAGGGAGAAAUCAGUUCCCUUUCCACCGUAAUGGAAUCAUCAGAUGGACUUUAUGCUGCAGCAGCAAGUUUAGAAAUUGAUUUUCAGCUUUUCUGCUCCUACUCAUCCGAGUUGACAGAUGAGAUAAUACUGGGCUGCAUUGAGAAUGUUUCUAAGUUGAUGACUAGGGGUCUGUACCCCAAGAUGUCUGAAUCAGAAACUCUUGCAGAAUCAUUUCUUACGAGAUUCCCAUCAGUUAAUCCUUUGACAGCUCAUGGGAUACUUUCUUCAGAAAGCAAUCUUGCCGACUUUCUAGAGUGGUCACAUGAAUGCAGGCUCCGUGCAAUUAAAAAAUAUUGCAUUCCUGAUGAAAGUGUCUCGCUAUUUAGUGCUCUGUGCAAAUAUGGUGAGCGGGAGGACUCAAAAUCUGCAAUGACAGACUGCUCCUCUUCGGUAUCUUCUGGUCCUGAUUCAGAGAAGUGUCACUUUAAUGUUGAUUCUAAAAAUAAAAGAAGGAACUUCACUGGUGGUGCCCAAUGCAUUGAUAAAAAUAUGGACUUUUUGAAUUCUGAUCCACUUAAUCCAUUCACUGUAGUCACGGUGGAACCUUUAGCUGCAUCCAAGCCAUUUGAUUCUAAAAUGUUUGAAGAUCCUGAAAUCUUUUAUGAUUUCAAAGGGUUAUCUUCAUCUGUUAACCAUUUCUUUGAUCAAAACCAUAAUCUGGAGUCUUUUGACACAACUGCACCGAUGGAUCCUAUCAGUGUCUAUAAGCCACAAGAUUCUUGGAUAUCCACAGCUCCUGAAAUAUCAGAUCAGAUUAGGAGUUGUUCAUCAUAUGUUCGAAAUCAGGGAUUGGACCCAAGUAAAAGGAAAAUACAAAACUCGCGUAAUGGGAAUAAGUCUGAGAAUCAGCACGAGGAGCUCAUAGGUGAAGUAGUCAACCUGAUUGAUAAACCUGUAUUAAAAGACGACUUUGCGACUAUGGCUCCUAUGAAUUUCUUGCCGUUGAUGUUUGAUAAUGAAAAAGAUUCAUCAAGGAAGUCUAAAAUUCAAAGAAGAUUGUCUUAUGAACAAAGCGGCAACCCUUUCUGUUCAGUUGAUAUUGCUAACAACUCAAGUUCAGAUAUUUGGAGUUCUAUCAAUUUGCAAAGACAGGUUUCACAGGGAUUGAACAAUCAUUUUCCAGAUCCUAGCUUCAAAACCAAUAUUAUGCCUCUCAGGUACAAGGAUGGUCACCCAGAUGAGGGUUUAAUAGAAAAUUCUGUAAGAGGUUCAAAAGUAUUAUUUUCACACUCAGAGAACCCCAUAUCACAUUCUGAUGCAACCCCUCUGUCCAUUGCUCUCCGUUCAAAACAUCUGCAAGAAAGUUCACCUUGGACUAUGGAAUUUCUCAACCGAAUUAGGGAAAAAAGCAGAAACCGUCGGCAGUCCGUUCCAAGUGGCUCAUCUUCCCCUUUCCCUGAGCAUUUGGGUAAUGUGAAAAAAACUAUCAAAAGAAGUCCCUCUAUUCUUGAAUUUUUUAAGUACCAAGGGGGCAGCGCUCUGAGGAAGAAACCAGAAUGGAAGAAACCAGAACAAAAGAGGCAGAAACAAUCAAUACAAUCAUCAAACUCGUCCAAGAAUGAACUCAUUCCAACUAGUGAGCUUUCUUCAUGGACGCCUAUUGAUAAAAGAUCGAGGCAGACUUUAUCUUUCGCAAUUGAUGGGAAUGAGAGCCAAACUAAGCUGGUCUGGAGCAAUGACAAUUAUGGUCUAAGAAAAAGUUCACAGAAACUUGGUAAUAAAUGAUGCAACGGAACACUGCAUAUGCUGGCAAAGUAACAGAUUUCGAACAGCAGACUAUUCUGAUAACAGUUGAAAUGAUUGAUGCUGUAACUUACUAACAAAAAUGAUAUCGUUAAUAUCUCACCGGUAAGUUCCAUUGGAGCCACAACUACAUCUUCUUUUAGUAGAAAAUUAGAAGUGUGUCAUUCUCAUAUGGAUGUUUUUCAGUCAACUACUCAUGAUUAGUAGCACACUUAUACUAGCCUGAAAAUGAACUUUUUAUGUCUAUUUCACUUACAGAAUAUGCAAUUUUACAUUUGAAGCCUUUUCAAGUGAUGCCAAUGUAUUCGGACAAAGGCCAAUAAAUUUGCACCCAACUGGAUUGCAUAUGUUUUCACCCAUAAAUUUUUAACUAGCACACAAUG